UUAAACGUCACCCGGAAGUUUAUCCGUGGCGGCUAUAAAGACACUUCCUGCCAGCUUCCUUCCAAGUAAUCUUUAGAAAUAUUCAUGGCGUGACGCUGUGGCAUAUAGGAAGGUAUUAAAGAAGGGCUCACGAUGAACUACGUACCUGGGACGGCGAGUCUCAUCGACGAGAUCGACAAAAAACACCUGGUUCUCCUCCGAGAUGGCAGAACACUGAUCGGGUACCUCAGAAGCAUUGACCAGUUCGCCAAUUUGGUUUUCCAUCAGACAGUUGAACGCAUCCAUGUGGGGAAGAAGUUUGGUGACAUCCCCAGAGGAAUCUUCAUUGUGAGAGGAGAAAAUGUGGUGCUUCUUGGCGAAAUAGACAUGGAAAAACCAUGUGACACAGUCCUGCAGCAGGUUUCCAUUGAGGAGAUCCUGGAGGAGCAGAGAUUAAAACAGCAAACCAAACAGGAGACAGAGAAGGUCAAGAUGCAGGUUCUGAAAGACAGAGGCCUCUCCAUCCCCAAAGCUGAUAACUUGGAUGAAUAUUAACAGUGUAAAUCCCACAAGUUGCUUCAGUUUGUAUCAGACUGAUAUCUUAGUUGAAUUUAAGAGCGCAUGAUUUUAUGAGCACUGGGCAGCAUUAUGAUUUGCCUCCUUACUGUAGUGUACUGUAGAAUUUAAUUUCAAUUAUCUGCUCUCAAUUUUGCAGGCCAGUGGUGGCAAAACAUGUUUGUCAUGGAUCACUAUGAUAGCAGUUAUUUUACAGCAGCACCUUGUGUUACUCUAUGCCAAUUGUUUUUAUUUGGAGAUGUAAAGGCCUGCUAUUGACUCACAACAAAUAGCUAUGCUGUCAUAGAAUGUUAUUUUUUAUCAUGGUUUGUUUGCGUUCCUAUACAAAUGGUAGCAGGCACUACUUGUAAGAAUAAACUACCAUUCUGUAAAAUUUCCAUAAGUUUCCAAAUUACUUGACAAUUGGAUGUUUUACGUAUUCUGGAGCCUGUGAAGACCUCACGUUAGUCCUCCUAUAAGCAAACCACCAGGGGGCAAAAUUCAGUGUGUAACACACUUGAUCAUUUGAUAAGGGGUGUCCAAACGUUUUCCACCCAAGCCUGCAUACAGAAAAACUAAAGCAUGUUGGCACCACUUUAUUGACUAUUCUUUUUUUAUUUAUUGAUUUAUUUUUACUUGGUUACAUGCUAAACCAAUGCAUUGAUGGGCAAAAUAUGCUAUGAACUUAAAUGAUGUAUUUAAUUCACCAUUGAGUUAUAGGUGACAAAGCAAUUGU